AUGGCUCCACCAAGUAGAACCCUUUUCGUCAUUCUUGUUUCUGUGACCGGAUUCGUUUAUUUCUUAUACACGAUAUACACGUCGAGUUUAGAUGGACCACUUUAUAGAGUCGCCGUCAAAAACAAAGGUUUUGGAAAUGAAUCAAUAUCAACAUCUAGUCGGAUGGAAAAGAAAGAAAAAUCAUUAUCAAAUUUAUAUGCUGUAUUGAGCAGUAUUAGCAACAAAAAUAAUAAUAAUAAUAAUAAUAGUAUUUUUAAUUUAAAUCAAAUAAUUAGCGAUAAAUUGCAAGAUAAGAAAAUUUUCAAUGCACCAACAAAUAAAGUUCCUAAUAAUAAUAAUUUAAAUAAUAAUAAUAAUACAACAAAAGACAAUCCAUCAUCAUCAUUAUCAUCAUCACAUUCGGCCAACGGUCAAUCAAGUGUCAUUCAAAAAGUACCGCCGAAAUCGGAAAAUGUAACCGGAAUCGCAACAAGAAGCCUUUACGAUUCGGGAUUUCGAGUGCCAAACGUAGAUUUAUGUCCUGAUUUUGGACAACAUCUCAAAUUGAUAAUACUUAUAACGUCGGCUCCGAACCACGUGGAAGCUAGAAAAGCCAUACGUCAAACGUGGGGACAUUUUAGAAUGCGUAAAGACGUUUCAAUGGCUUUCGUACUCGGUCGUUCUCUCAAGGGCAACGAAAGUUACAUAAAAGACGAGAAUUCGUUGUACGAAGACAUAAUAUUAGGUAGCUUUAUAGAUUCCUAUAAUAAUUUAACGUUAAAAACGACGUCCAUGUUGGAAUGGGUCGAUAAUUAUUGCAACAAAGCCAAAUUCGUACUCAAAACGGACGACGACAUGUUCAUAAACAUUCCCAAAAAAAAAGAUUUCAUAGGGAAACAUGGGAACGACAAAAGGAAAAUAUUUGGAAAGCUUGCGAGCAAGUGGAAACCCAUAAGGAAAAAAGCAUCGAAAUAUUACGUCUCUCUUCAACAGUACAAGCAUUCCAUAUUUCCGAGUUUCACGACGGGACCGGCUUACUUGAUUACGUCCGACGUUAUACACGAUUUGUACACGACAGCGUUGAACAUGACGUAUCUAAAAUUGGAAGACGUCUUCAUGACGGGAAUCGUUGCUCAAGAAAAAGGGAUACGAAGAGUUCACGUUCCGGAAUUUUUAAAUCGACGAUUGAGCGUGACCUCUUGUUACAUACACAAAGCAAUCAGCAUACACAUGGUCAAACCUUUCGAACAAUACGAUUUGUGGAAAAGACUUUUAGACGGUCGAACAAAGUGUUGA